UCACCACGUCGUAGGUGACGGUGCGUCUAGCAAAGCGUUCCACCGGGGAUUUUUGCGCGCGCUGUGCGCUCUAUCCUCCGACCCUGUCGAGGAAGCGAGCCCUCUUGUCGCUCCACCGAAAACGCCGCUGGUUCCAAACCUCGAGGCGCUUGGCGCCCCUGCCCCUGUCGAUGGCCUUCAUCAACAAGGCCCUGCUCAAGCAGUAUGUCUACUUUGGGCGUGAGGCUGGGCUCUGGACGGGCGCGAAGAUCAUGACCCCGCUCGAGACGAAACUACGCCUCGUGGCGUUUUCUCCUACCGUCUCGGCCGCAUUGAAGAAUGCCUGUCGGCAGAACCGCACGACCACCACCGCUGCACUACAGGUGAUUAUCGCCCACGCGCUGCUCUCCCAUCUCCCGCGAGAAUUCACGAAGUUGAAGGGGUGAAGUUCCAAUCUCCAAUCGCCUGUGGCUCCCUAGGGAGAUCGUCGACGACGACACCAUGAGCGUCUUCAUCCACGGAAG